AUGUGCCAGCAGGCCGCGCCUCGGGACGUCAGCGCCCAGGCCGCAGCGGCCCCUGCUGCCGUCGCGCCCCCGCACGCCGUUGGCACCAACAAUGCUGUGGCGGGGCCCCACCUGUCCACCACCGACGUGGGCAACUCCACCAACAUCCGGUGGCACGACAGCAUGGUGGCCCGCACCGACAAGGAGAUGCUGCUGGGCCAGCGCGGCUGCGUGCUGUGGUUCACCGGCCUGAGCGGCAGCGGCAAGUCCACGGUGGCGUGUACCCUGGAGCACCUGCUCCACGAGCGGGGCCACUUCACCUCGCUGCUGGACGGAGACAACAUCCGCCACGGCCUGAACAAGGACCUGGGGUUUAGCGCCGAGGACCGCGCCGAGAACAUCCGGCGCAUCGGCGAGGUGGCGCGCCUGUUUGCCGACGCGGGCGCCAUUACCAUGACUUCUUUCAUCUCCCCCUACCGGGCAGACCGCGAGAUGGUGCGUGAGCGGUGCAACGCCGGUGAGUUCCUGGAGGUGUUCAUGAACAUCCCGCUGGAGGUGUGCGAGCAGCGCGACCCCAAGGGCCUGUACAAGAAGGCGCGGGCGGGGCUGAUCAAGAACUUCACCGGCAUUGAUGACCCGUAUGAGGCGCCGCUGGAGCCCGAGAUCGUGGUGGACUGCUUUGACGCAGAUGGCCAGCAGCGCAGCCCGCGCGACAUGGCGGAGCAGAUCCUGGAGGUGCUGGACGGCAUGGGCUACCUCAGGGAUCCGCGCAUGCCCACCCUCACCGCGUACGGCGCGCUGCAGCGCAAGCACAGCGACGGCAUCCUGGAUUUUGCCCAACUCUGA